UCUCUGUCUCUCUCUGCCUUUUCAUUUAGUCAUAGAGAGACUGAGAGAGCGUUCUUUCAGUAAAAAAAGUACAUUGCCGUUUUAUCAAGAAAAGUUGUUUGAUUGUUCACCAGAAGUCAAAAGUCAAUGACCUCCAUGGAAAAUGACUUGUAUGAAGCGGAACAACUGCCAGCUGCCUUUGUGACUGGAAUAAGAUUUAAUGUCUCGAACGACAGAGAUAAUGAGAAGAUGUCUGUCAUGGAAAUUGCUGCACCCAGCGAGGUGUCUGAUCCUAAGUUGGGGUUCCCAAAUUUUUCUAAUCAUUGCACCACCUGUGGCGCCGCAGAUAUGAAACAUUGUGAAGGUCAUUUUGGGGUUAUCAACUUUCCAUAUGCAAUACUCCAUCCAUAUUUUCUAUCAGAAGUUGUACAGAUAUUAAAUAAGAUUUGCCCAGGAUGUAAAUCGGUCCGGAAAGAUCUAAGGAUAAAGGGAGCUAAUUCAGUAUCCAAAGUAAAUCAACGAAAGGGGUGUAAAUAUUGUGUUGGGAAUUCAAUAGAUUGGUAUCCACCAAUGAAUUUCAAGAUAUCCUCAAAAGAUCUUUUUAGAAAAAGUGCAAUUAUAGUGGAGGUAAGUGAAAAAUCUUCAAUGAAGGUCCGAAAGAGAGGAAAGCAAGCAUUACCUUCGGAUUACUGGGAUUUUAUCCCAAAAGAUGAACAACAAGAAGAAAGUUUAAUCAGACCAAAUAGAAGAGUCCUAUCACAUUCCCAGGUUCGUUACUUAUUGAAGGAUGUUGAUCCAGAGUUCAUUAAAAAGUUUGUUUUAAGUAUGGACUCUAUUUUCCUCAAUUGUUUUCCCGUGACACCAAAUAGUCAUCGAGUGACAGAAAUCAUGCAUGCAUCUUCUAAUGGGCAGCGAUUGAUUUUUGAUCAAAGAACCAGGGUUUACAAGAAACUGGCUGAUUUCAGAGGGAUAGCUAAUGAAUUGAGUUCCCAUGUAUUGGAAUGCCUAAAAAUUUCUAAGCUGCACCUGGAGAAGCCAUCAAAUGAAGAAUCUGCACUUGUCCUUGCCCAGAAAAGGAAUAAAGAUUCUGCUUCCAACAUGUCUGGUUUAAGAUAUAUGAAAGAUGUUAUUCUUGGGAAGCGAAAUGACCACUGCUUCCGCAUGGUUCUCACUGGGAAUCCAAAUCUUAAACUGUCUGAAAUUGGUAUACCAUGUCAUGUUGCGGAGAGGUUGCAAAUUGCUGAGCAACUGAACAACUGGAACGAGGAAAGAUUGAAAGCUUGUUGUGAUUUGCGUCUUCUUGAGAAGGGUGAGAUUCACGUUCGGAGAGAAGGUAGAUUAGUUAGAAUUCGCCAUAACGAAAAGCUCCAAGUGGGGGACACUAUCUUUAGGCCCCUCAACAAUGGGGAUAUUAUUCUUAUAAACAGACCUCCUUCUAUACAUCAGCACUCUCUCAUUGCUCUUUCUGUUAAAGUCCUGCCUGUCAGUUCAGUUGUUUCUAUAAACCCACUUAUUUGUUCCCCUUUUCGUGGAGAUUUUGAUGGUGAUUGCCUUCAUGGCUAUGUUCCUCAGUCCAUCAAAGCAAGAGUUGAGCUUAUUGAACUUGUUUCUUUGAACAGGCAGCUAAUUAAUGGCCAAAGUGGUCGAAAUCUGCUCUCACUCAGUCAUGAUAGUUUAACUGCUGCUUAUUUGGUCAAGGAGGAUGGGGUUCUCUUGAACCUAUUCCAAAUGCAACAACUGGAAAUGUUCUGUCCCAAUCAUUCACCGUUUCCAGCAAUUGUCAAAGCUCCUUUACUGAGGAGUUCUGUUUGGACUGGAAAGCAGUUACUCAGCAUGCUCUUCCCUCUGGAGUUUGAUUAUGAUUUUACUCCAAAUGAUGUUGUUAUCCGUAAUGGGGAGCUUAUAUCUUCAUCUGAAGGGUCUACUUGGCUACGAGAUGCUGAUGGCAACCUUUUUCAAAGUCUUAUUAAACAUUAUCAAGGAAAAGUCCUUGACUUUUUGUAUGCUGCUCAGGAAGUUCUUUGUGAGUGGUUGUCAAUGAGGGGUUUGAGUGUUUCACUCUUGGACCUAUACCUAUCUUCUGACUCAAAUUCACAAAAGAACAUGAUGGAUGAAAUCUUUUGUGGUCUGCAAGAAAUAGAGCAGACAUGUAACUUUAAACAGUUAAUGGUUGACUCUAAUCAUGAUUUCCUUGUUGGACAUGAUGAAGAAGUUGAUAGUUUUAUGGCUUUGGAUGUUGAACAGAUGUGCUAUGAGAAGCAAAGAUCAGCGGCACUAAGCCAAGCUUCUGUUGAUUCUUUUAAGCAAGUUUUUCGAGAUAUUCAGAAUUUACUCUACAAAUAUGCAAACAAAGAUAAUUCACUACUGACCAUGUUCAAAGCAGGGAGCAAGGGUAACUUGCUGAAGUUAGUACAGCAUAGCUUGUGUCUUGGAUUGCAACAUUCACUUGUUCCCUUAUCAUUCAGAUUUCCUCAUCAGCUCUCAUGUGCUGCAUGGAAUAAUCAAAAGUCUCAUGGCUUAACGCAGAAGGUUGAUGAUACUGCUGAAUCUGCUAAGAAUUAUAUCCCCUAUGCUGUCGUUGAAAGUUCUUUUAUGACAGGUCUGAAUCCAUUAGAAUCUUUUGUUCAUUCAGUUACUAGUCGAGACAGUUCUUUCAGUGACAAUGCUGACCUGCCUGGGACGCUGUCUCGAAGGCUUAUGUUCUUCAUGCGUGAUCUAUACACGGCAUAUGAUGGAACUGUGAGGAAUUCAUGUGGAGAUCUGGUCGUUCAGUUCUGCUAUGAUAUUGAUAAGGAUGCAUCUAGUCCAACUAGUUGUGCUCACGAAUUAAUCAGUGAGAGCAGUACUAUUCCUGAAGGAAUAGGUGGCCAACCUGUUGGUUCAUUAUCUGCUUGUGCCAUUUCUGAGGCUGCAUAUAGUGCUUUGGAUCAACCAGUUAGUCUACUUGAAACUUCACCGUUGCUGAAUCUGAAGAGGGUCCUUGAAUGUGGUUCUAAAAGAAGCAAUGCUGACCAAACCAUGACAUUAUUUUUAUCUAAUAAACUUGGAAGGAAGAGGCAUGGUUCGGAGUAUGCAGCCUUAGAGGUCAAGAAUCAUCUGGAGAGAUUGACCUUUUCAGAUAUUGUAACUACUGUCUCAAUAAUCUUCUCUCCACGGAUGUAUAGGGAAAACCACUUCACUCCUUGGGUUUGCCACUUUCAUGUGUGCAAGGAUACUAUGAAAAGGAGGCAGCUUAAAGUGCAGUCUAUUAUUGAUUCUCUUCACAUGCACUGCACCACUGCGAAAACAAUGUGGAAAAUCAGUUUGCCUGACAUGCAAAUUACAAGCAAUGGCAGGGCUUGUUCUCAUAUUGACAUGCCAAAUGAAGAUGAUACAUUUUGUAUCACUGUUACGAUUGUUGAAUACUCCAAAAGUUCUCAUAUGGAAUUGGAUGUGAUUCGAGACAUGGUGAUACCUUACCUACUUGAAGCAGUAAUAAAAGGAUUCCCGGAGAUCAAGAAGGUGGAUAUUUUAUGGAAAGAUCGGCUCAAAGUCUCAAAACCACAUAGAAGUUCUUGUGGUGAACUUUACUUGAGGGUAUUUGUAUCAGGCGAUUUUGGUAUAACAAAGCUCUGGGGUGUGCUUAUGAAUGAUUGCCUCCAGAUAAUGGAUAUGAUCGAUUGGACGCGCAGUCAUCCAGAUAACAUUAAUCAGUUGUGCUUGGCAUAUGGAAUAGAUGCUGGAUGGAAAUUUUUUCUUAAUAAUUUGAAGAGUGCAAUAUCAGAUACCGGCAAGACUAUACUAAAUGAACAUUUGCUUGUUGUUGCCAACUGUCUAUCAGCGACGGGGGAGUUUGUUGGCUUAAAUUCAAAAGGCUUGAGACAACAACGAGAACAUGCAUAUGUCUCAUCGCCUUUUAUGCAAGCAUGCUUUUCAAAUCCUAGUGCUUCCUUUGUCAAAGCUGCUAAGACAGGAGCUUCGGAUGAUCUUCAGGGGACAAUUGAUGCAUUAGCAUGGGGAAGGAUUCCUCACAUUGGGACUGGUGGACAGUUUGAUAUAAUAUAUUCUGUGAAGGAUCAAAGGCUUGCAGAACCAGUUGAUGUGUAUAAGCUGCUAGGAAGUUCUAUUAGUUCUCAGAAGCAGGAUGUAGAGUUUGAAGUACCUAAAGCUCUUAACUUUAAGUCUGAGAAAUAUGGUUCUCUGCUAAUAGAUGCACUUGGUGAUUCUGCCUCCGAAGAACUCAAGAAGAUUGAAACAAAAAGAAGAUCAAUCUGGAGAGAACUUCUAACAUUGGAUGACAUUCAGAGGCUUUCGCGUGCUUUAAGGAAUAUUUUGCACAAGUAUCCUAUUGAUCACCGGUUAAGUGAAGCUGACUGGAAUACUUUGAUGAUGGCAUUGUACUUUCAUCCUCGAAGAGAUGAGAAAAUCGGUUCUGGAGCUCAGGAAAUAAAGGUAGGAUAUCACCCCGAACAUGCAAAUGCACGCUGCUUCUCAUUGGUAAGAACAGAUGGGACAAUUGUAGAUUUCUCAUAUCACAAGUGUGUUCUUGGUGCUCUUGAGAUCAUUGCCCCCCAUAGGGCAAAAUCCUACAAAUCAAAAUGGCUACAAUCUGGUAGUUUGUAAAUCAACUCUACAAAGCCCUUGUGCAUGUACAUAUAGCAAGAUCCAGGGCCAUAGAAUGAUUGCCAUUAGGAUUAGAGAAUAGCAUACACCUUUCUAGACAGGACAGUUUGAUCUGCAGUGAUUCUGACUCAAGUCCGUAUAUGACCCAAAACCAGUUUUUUGUUGAAGGAUUAAAUCUGGAUCCUAGGCUCUAGGCAAUUCCAGUCAAGGUUGAUAGCUAACUUUCCUAACAAAAAUAGCAUAGCAUCUCAGCGGGUUAUGAUAAGUUUUUGGAGCUUUCAUACCUUCCUAAAGCUGUACAUUUCUACAGAGAAUAUUGUGCACAAGAAGAGGGUUAAGGUAGGAUAGUAACUCAUUCUCUUAAACCUUUUUGGUUAUAGUGUAUAUUUUCUCCCUAUUAGAAUAGGGUCGCUGCUUUCCUCAGCUUCUUUUUGCUACUUCUACUGGAACUUGUUUGCCUUCAAUAACAUUAGGCAGAAAAGAUCUAGUGGAAGCAGCAACGAAAAGCUCGCAAAGGGCAACCCCAUUUGAUUUGUAUUCCAUAAAUACAUGUGAUUGUAAGCUAAAUGUUCGGCUAAUCUCAUUAUUUUCUUCAGCCUA